UUUUUAUUAAUUUAAAACUUUUAAAUUUUGACCUUUGAAUUAUUACAUUUUUAAGACGCUGAAUGACAUUUGGAAUAAGGACAAUGCGGAAUGUCAAGAUUUAAUUAUACUCAAGUAAUUAUAUUCAAAACGUGCUUAUGCAGACGUUACCGUUGAUGUCGCUUUAAGAAAAUUUCCCUCGCUUGGCUAGAGUGGUUCAGUUUAGGCGAUUGAUGCGGACGUGCUCUGACGGAACCUCGCACGGUUUUCAACGCGGAGUCUGUUUUGGAGUUAAUAUUUCUCAGCCCGCUAAAAAUGCUUGCGUCAGACUGGCUGGUGUAAGUUAACGUUCGUUGGCCUGCAGGAUGGAGCUGACUAGAAUGUCUACAGCUAACUUAAUAAAGGAGUUAAUACAAUUUGGUAUCGAAGUCACUGAAGAGGAGAGGAAAAAGUUGAAGACAAUGAUGUGGAUGGAGGGACUGUUGACAUCGGACUGACUGAGUCAAUGAUUUCAUUCCUUUUUGAGGGAUCAUUUAAAAAACAAGCAAAAUUUCAUCGAUUUGUUCAGCAGAUGAAGGAGACAGUGACAUUAACUCUUGAACCUGUGCCUGUAGAAAGCCAGUCAAGAGCUGGAGCAAGAAAAUACAACUUGAGCAGAUAAGAUAACAGAAGCUUUGACAUGGAGAGUGUACAGUCUCAGCCCAGGGUGCCCAGCAUUUUUGGUGCAUCACUAUUUAUGUUUACUAUAGAAUUAUUUAUUAGGUUACCACAGUGUAUGAAUUGACAACUAAGAUGAUCAAGUAAUGGGUAUGGCACAUAUUUUAAAUAAAACUUGGUAAAAUUCUGAAGUUAGUGUUUUUGUUUGUUAAUGUAAUUAUUUGUCUUUUCAGUACUGAAACCGUUACUUUACUGUAUUUGUGCUAUUUUAUGUAUACCUGCAACUCUGCAAUGUCUAAAUAUUACUUUCUCUUUUGCAAAUAGUAAUAUCAGCCCAUCAACAGCUUUCCCUGCAUUUUUUGAAGUUCCGAAGUUUCCAUUUGAUGUUCAGGCCAAGUUGGACCGAAAAGAAUGCAGACUAACGUCAUCAGACCGAAACAAAAUUAUUAGAACGUUGUAUGAAAGCAUGGCUCAGUACAAAAUGUAUCCAACUACAGAAGAGUAUGUUCAAGUGGCUAAGGCCCUGACUCUGAGGUAUCCCUUUUUAAAAGACAAAGAGGGCAAUGGAUAUCACACUUGGCACAUGUCUCUGAAACGCAAGUUUAAAUUUGAGCGGACACCUUUGGCUGAAGUUGAAGAAGUGAAAAGGCGUAAACAGAAGUUUGGUCAUUCAAAAAAGUCUCUGCAACCUGAAGAAAGCAGUUGCAAAGAAAUUACAAGGCCUUUGGAGAUUAAUGCUGUUGGAGAGGAUGCUACAUCAAUAGAGGGACAUGUGAAAGUCCUGCAGGACCAAUAUAGAAGGACACAGCCAGAGACUCACAUUGUUGAAGAUCGAAUGAGGAGGACCUUUGCCUGGAGGCGGCAGGAGAUUACUAGUGGUAUGACUGUUGAAGAUGUCGUCAACAAAUAUCCAUUCUUGAAGAGUCCAUCAGGGCUUUAUCAAGAAAUUGGUUUCCUGUAUAAAUGUGUUCAACUGAGCCGCCAUUUUCGAGAACAUUUUGGACACAUUACAUCAAGCAUGCUACGGCUCGCUCAAGGGAAAUCCCCUCUAUCAAAGCUGCACAAAGAAGCUAGAGAAGAAUCUCUCUGUGAAGAUCAUCUUGGAAUUGAUUUUAAAGCAGCACUUCUCAUGUUGCCAGCCUUGUUCAGAGAGAAACUUGAACAUUUCAUUGUGCUUGGAGAGAGUGAACCAUCCUCACCAUAUCCUACUGUUCAAGUACAGGAGACCACUGACUGGAAAACUGUGUUUACAAGAAGAGUCACUGCAGCCAUCAAAGUUGAUGGGAUCGAAAUCUGCCAGGCAAACCUUUGCGUUCUUUAUGGUGUUUAAGAUUUGAAGGAAAACAUCAAUAUUUUAAACAGGUUGCCAGCACGUGUAGAAAUUUUGUUAACAUUUCAUCCACUUUAAGUAAUCGACAUCAACACAGACAAUGUUGGGAAUUGUCUUCUGUUAAUAUGUUGGGCGAAUAUGAGAGAGUUGCUGGAUGUUGUGUGAGCACACCAUUUCGAACUUUACCUGUGGCUCUACAGCAUUCAGUGAAAGCAAAUAAGAAGUACAGCCAUGUCAAUUUUGAAGGCAAACAACUUCAACGAGUAACAGAAGUAGUGCUUAAUGAUGUCAAAUACUGUGUUAAAGAUGUGUUUACUGUGGGUCAUCUGCAUGCAGAAGCUGUUCCAUUGUUUUUUCAGAUUAAGUACAUUCUUAACAUAGACACAGACUGGUUAUUGUGUGGCAAGCUUUUAAUUCCGGUUUCUUUUUGUCGUCAUUUUUAUUCAUACUGUGUGAAAUGUGAGAAUGAAUGGACUGUCCUCUUGCCAGGUGAAGAAGUUGAUUACCAGGCAUUAGACAUGUACCACGUUGAUGACAAGUUAUUUAUUAGCACUAGAUACACUUGCUGAAGACAAACUGCUGCAAACGUCAAAAUGUGCAGUACUUGAUGUAGCCUGUGUAAUAAGGCUGUUUUACUUGUUUGAUGAGUUUUUCUGAGUUUUUUAUUGAAUAGCUAGUUUUUUCUUGACAUGCUUGCUGUUGUGAGAUGUAAUGAAAUCUUUUUAAAAGAAAAUUU